GAAACUCACACGGAAAACCACAACAAGAAAAACUGCGAAAAGAACUUAUUAAUGUAAUUGUUUUGCGAAUUCAUUCCUUCCAUCCUGCCAUAUUAUCACAGGGCCUAGUCGACAAAUGGUUGCUGAACGAACUUUGCCCUGCUGCAAGAUAAAGACUUACAGUUACAAAGAGGCGUUGCGUUAAAAAAAAUCAUUCACUCGGCCUUCAACAAGCAUGACAAGUUCGUGAUCACCAGCAACAAAAAACAGUUUUCCUUUAAAAGUGUGUGCACUUUUGUUUUGAUUUUGUUCAAACGACUUCUUUGUUAGCAUGCUCAGUUAGCAAUAGCAAUUAGUUUUUCUUUGAGUUUGAUUUGUGAGAGUCAAACGCAUCUUUAACUGUCCACACAAGGGUUAAUGUGUAGAUUACGACCAUUGUUAAGUGACCUCAACGCCAGAAGAGCUGCAAGUUCAACUGUUCUCGCCUGUCAAAAUUGUCAUCGUCGGCAGCAGCUUCGUUGCUUUUCAAAGGAGUCCAAUAUGACGUCUCAUGGACCAGCCAAGAGACUUCAAGGCCAAAAAAAGGAGAGUGUAUGGACGGAAUUUAGCAAGUUGUGCUCGGAGACGAAAGCAACCAAUCUCGGACAGGGUUUCCCAGAUUCUGCAGCGCCGGAGCAUAUACGCAAAGCUUUAGUCGAUGUGGCCAACAGCUCUAACCCUCUUCACUUCCAGUACACCAGAGGCUUUGGCCACAUUCGUCUUGUGAAUGCCAUAGCGGCCCUCUACGGGAAACACAUGAGCAGAAAUAUCGACCCCAUGGGUGAUGUCCUGGUGACCGUGGGGGCUUACCAGUCACUUUUUAAUACCUUCAUGAGUCUUAUCAACCCAGGUGAUGAGGUGAUAAUUAUUGAGCCGUUCUUUGACUGCUAUGAACCAAUGGUCAUGAUGGCACAGGGAACCCCAAGAUAUAUAGCUUUAAAACCGAAAAAUGAGAAUCCUCAGUCUGCCGGUGAUUUUGUGUUGGAUCCUGACGAGCUGGCUGGAAUGUUCAAUGAGAACACAAAAGCAAUUGUUGUCAACACGCCCAAUAACCCGCUGGGAAAGGUGUUCAAGAGAUCUGAACUUGAGAUGAUUGCCAAUCUAUGCAAGAAACAUGACGUACUGUGUGUCAGUGAUGAGGUGUACGAGUACAUGAUUUACCCUGGAAAUGAACACAUCAGAAUAGCCACCCUACCUGACAUGUGGGACAGGACGUUAACCAUUUGCAGUGCUGGCAAGAUCUUCAGUGUAACUGGCUUCAAGCUUGGUUGGACGAUUGCUCCUCCCCACUUGAUGGACAUCCUGAGAACAGUGCAUCAGAACUGCACUUUUAACGCAGCCACACCCCUCCAGGAAGCCCUUGCCAUCAGCUUAGAGCUGGAGCUCUCGCGUCUCAACAAACCGGAAUGCUACCUGGUCAGCCUCGCCAAGGAGCUGGAGGAGAAGAGAGAUAAACUGGCCGCUAUGCUGAGAGAGAUUGGGAUGACACCCAUCAUCCCACAGGGAGCCUACUUCAUGCUGGCUAACGUCUCGCACCUUGAUAUGGAUUUGUCGGAUGCUGGUGAUGGGCGCAGAGAUUACAAGAUUGUGCGCUAUUUGACCAAGAAAGUGGGAGUUGCGACUAUUCCAUGCAGUGCAUUUUAUUCUGAGGCUCACAAGUCAAUCGGAGAGAAGUUUAUUCGUUUCUGCUUCAUUAAGGAAGACCAUACUUUGGAUAAAGCAGCAGAAAAACUCAAGAAGUGGAGAGAUUUGUAGUGGAACCACGGCCUUCGAUGGCAGUAUUAAUUAGGCAAAAAUGAAAAUAUUCACUCGGGCACAGUAAAAAUGGUUUUACUUGUUAGACUUUGUAUAAACUGUUUGCCAUAAUAAUUAUAUAAGUGAAAAUAUUAUAUGCAAUUCUUACAUAGUACUGAAGCACUUAUACUUUGUAUACAAAGCUAUGUGUGGCAUUUAUAAGACCAGGGCUCGAUUUCAUAAAGCACUAAGAUUCAAUCGUUAGAUGAGUUGUCAGUAUAUCGCAUUGUGAUUUGCAUUGUGACAUCACACUUUCAUAGCAACUACGAUUGACUUGCAGUGAAGAUCAAUCGUAGAUCUUUGUGAAAUCGACCCCCGGGGCUCGAUUUCACUAAGUACUAUUAAAGAUUCAUCGUUGGAUGAGUCAUCGUCAGUAUCGCCAUAGUGAUUCGUAUUGUGACAUCACAUUUAGCAAAUACAAUCGAUUUGCAGUUAAGAUCAAUCGUAGCUCUUUGUGAAAUCGGCCCCUGCUGUGUACAGUUACUGCAGCCAGUAUGGUCAGAAAACACAGGGAUAAACCUCUUCUCUGAUUGAUAAGUGGUGAUUUGUGGUAUGUUGUGGAUGGCUGAGAGGUCUGGUUCACUGGACCCGAGAUCUGGUGUUGUGGUCCAGUGUGAGAGUCGAGCCCUGCUCAAAGUUAAGGAAUACACCACCUCUUUUAUUAUUUUAAAUAAAUUUUAGGUCUUUUAAAGACAAAUUAAAGACAGUUGUUAUAAAUAAAAUAAAGUUUUCUCUAUUUCUAUGUUGAUUAUGGGCCUAGAAAUGACCAAUGAGCAAUCUUCUUAUGACCUCUUGCCGAGGGCUCCCUUCUCAGGUGACGACAUGCGCACAAGGUCUAUUAGUGUGUACAAAGCCAGGUUUAAUUCUAUAUAUUAUUGUGUACAGAGGUUAUCCUUGAUUUUUAGAAAUGGUGUAGGCGCAACUUUGAGGGCUAGUUCAAAGUUUAAAGUUUCUGUAAUCCUACUGCAGUUGAUUUCACGAAAUGCUAGGAUUUCGAGUUAGGACAAGUAACGUGUCCUAACUUAGGAUUAAUCUAAAGGUUUAUG